AGAUAAUAGUAAAAGAAGAAAACAAAAAUUCCCGCCGUCGCCUUUCGUUUGAUUCCUUCUAGAUUUUUUGUUAAAAUUGUGCUUUAUUCAAUUAAUACUAUCUUGUUUUUAUUAUUAGAUAUAUCAUUGCAUCAAUUAAAGACCAAGAAACGUUUCCUACUACGAAAAAUGGGUAAAAAAACUGCUGCAACUACUAACAAAAAUAAAGAAAAACGGCAAGCUAGGAAGCUUGAGCAGCGUCGAAUUGCUGAUGGGAUGUCCUAUGUAACGUCCGCCAACAAACUGACGGACUUGGCUUCCCUUUGCAAGGACCUUAUGAUCUACCGGAACAAUGAUCUGGAGGUGAACAUGUACAUCCAAAGAGUUGGUGAACUUGAUAAAAACGUACAUCAAUGGGCCAUAGACCUUACUGAGAGGAAUAUGAAAAGAUUGUACGAGACUUGUGCCUGGGGUUGGAAUAAAGAGCGUAAAGUGGAGGAGAUGACCGAUGACAAUGCUUGGUACCUCAUUGCUAAAGCCAAAAGCGGAUCAUUGCUUGCUUUCUCUCACUUCAGAUUUGAUCUGGAUUUUGGGGAACCUGUACUGUAUUGCUAUGAGGUGCAGGUGGAGGCCGAAGGCAGGCGGCGCGGGCUCGGGCAGCGCGUGCUGAGCGUGCUAGAGAAGCUCGCGCGCGCCACGCGCAUGCGCUACGUGCGGCUCACUGCGCUCACGCACAACCCUGGCGCUGCGGCCUUCUUCAGGGCUUGCGGGUACAGCUUGGACGAGACGAGUCCAGCGAAGGAAGAAGCAGCUCACUAUGAGAUCCUCAGCAAGGCAACGCACAGCGAACCGGCCGCUGAUCAGUGUACACUCAGCGACGGCAUGCAAGCGGUCAACGUCGCCACCGCCGACUCAUAGCAAUAGUCAGAACUACUUUUAGAAAUAGUUUAAUGUUGAGAAUAGACUAUUUGAUGACAAUUAGAGAUAAUGUAAUAAUCUAAGCAGCACACAGCGAGCCGGCCGCUGAUUAGUCGCUGAGCGACGGUAUGCAGGCGGUCAACUUCGCCAGCACCGACUCAUAGCAAUAGUCAGAAAUACUUUUACUUUUUUAAUGUUGAGAAUAUACUUUUUGACGACAAUUACAGAUAGUGUAAUAAUAAUGUAGUCAGUACUAAUUUAGAAAAUAGCAUAACGUUAAAAAUAAGCCAUUUGACAACAUAAAUACUUAUAGAUGGCCUAAACUGAACUGUCCCACCAAACAAACUCAUUGACAGGGGGGUGCUACCAUCGUUCAACUAUAUAGUUUUGGUAACUAUCAAAUCAAUUUGGCAAAAAUCGGAACCAGCGAUUGGGUAUUGAUGGUGGUGGCGCCCCGCUGUCAAUGUCACGGAUAGGACAGUUCAGUAUAUUGGAUCUAUAUGUAACAAACGCCGCUAAAGCUGAGCUUAGCAACUUUUUUCAAAUCCAAAAAUGUGAAAUACUCUUUGUUAUUGUCAUCUGAGUUGGCGUCACAUGCUGGUCAUACUACAGAGGGCCUAGUGUGAGUUUACAUCAAACGCGCGCGAGUUUACAUGACAUUAAAUGUACGACGAUUGCACAGCGCCCCUAGCGGGAAACGUUCAAAAACUAAAACUUCAGUGAGCGCGUUUGAUGUAAACUCACACUCAGCCCACUGGUAUGUUUAUGAUGCUAUAGAAAAUAGCGUAAAUUCUUUAUUGCUUACUUCAAUAAUUAAUUAUAAUUAUAUUUAAUAAGCACGCUAGUUUUUAGAAAUCAGUCAAAAUAAUAGCUUUUUGCACUAUUCUCGUCGCAAAACCAGUUACAUAGGCAGUUCCUUUUUCACGACAGAAGAACAAUGUUAGUUAUCAAAACAAUAUUAUAGUGUUUAUGUGUAGACACACGUAUUUCAAAGCGAUCUAUGAAAUUCUUAAAUGGUUUUUAAUGUGUAGUGUAGGAUGUAUUUGAUUUGUCAAUCUCAUAUUUUUUGUCAUACUUGACAAUAAUGUUUGUGCAGUCAAAAUCAAAAAUAACAGUGAAUGUGCUCAAAUCUUACAAAUCAUACAGUAAUCCCGUGCGACGCGUCAAUAACUGUAAAUAUAUUUUUGAUGUUGACUGUGCCUUAUCGUAAGUAAAUAAGUAAAGGCCCUUAAUUUAAAACAAAAAUACCCAAAUAUGAAUCUUCAAGCGUACUUAAGUUUAAAUUUACCUUUGGGCAUCGUUUUAGAAUACGGCCUAAGUGUUAGUACUAAGCUAGGUAGCACAGACCGAUAUUUUUAAGGCUGAAUCUGUAGCACUAAUAAAUCGUUUAUAAUUAACUUCGCAUAUAAAAUAAUACGUUUUGUACAAGAAAAUCAACUGCGCUUAAACAAUAUUUUUAUAGCGUAUAAAUCAUCAAAAGAAUGUAUUACUGAUUUAUUUUCCAACAAUUUGUACUUUGAUUGAAGAAACUAAUAAAUUAAGAUUUAUUUAAA